CCAUCUUGGUAGAGGUAACGACAUUGGAAGACGGCCAUCUUGGAAGAGGCAGGUAUUAUUUCUAGUAUUCAAAUAACUGUGUUUUAGUCAAAUAGCUCGCAGUUUGCGGUUAGCUUCGUACAAAAAACAAAAAAAUAAACACAGAAAGGUAAUGACUUCUCUUUCUCUGCUACCCCAGUCACCUCUCUGGAUAGUUAGAAAUGCCACAACCAAGAUGGCCGCCCAAACCGGACACUGAUGGUCAGCCUGACUUCCUAGAAUGGCGUUAAGCUGACGUCAGAGGUGCAGGGUUGGCGAAGGUCUGGAGAGAACUGAUGGGGUGUUAUUAAAAAGGGAGGUGAGUGUGUUUCCUAGAGCCCCCAGGGCAUUGUGGGUUAAAGUGUGCAACCCCCUGUUUAUUGAAUAAACCCUGACAUCCCCUAAACAUGUAAAGCACAUGUAAUGUCAUGGCAGCUUGUGGGACCCAUGUUAGGAUAUAGUACCUGCACCCAUAAUAGUUUGGAGUUAGAGUGUUUACUAGUAUUCAUACAGGAAGUCCUAACAGCUGUAAGGAUGGCAAAGCAUCAUGGGAGUGGUAGUUCUGAAAAGGCAGGGGUGUUAUUUUUGGUCUCCCCUAAAAUAGAUAAGUGUGUGGCUCUAUGCUGGGCGAAGUUGCUAUGGUAACAUGAUUUUCUCUGUCUGUUUGUCUGGACCAGGGUCUCAUCAUGUACACGCUGCUCUCCGGGCUGUAUAAAUACAUGUUCCAGAAGGAUGAGUAUUGCAUCCUUAUCCUGGGUCUGGACAAUGCCGGCAAAACGGUAAGAUUGAACGGCAGGUGGGAACGGAAGAUGUAUAUCAGUGUCCAAUACAUGAGCUAUCACAGCUGGAUAUACCAGUAUCAGAUACAUGAGAGAUCUCAGCUGGAUAUACCAGUAUCCGAUACAUGAGAGAUCACAGCUAGAUAUACCGGUACCCGAUACAUGAGAGAUCACAGCUAGAUAUAGCGGUAUACGAUACAUGAGAGAUCACAGCUAGAUAUACCGGUGUCAGAUACAUGAGAGAUCACAGCUGGAUAUACUGGUAUCCAAUACAUGAGAGAUCACCGCUAGAUAUGCCAGUAUCCGAUACAUAAGAGAUCAUAGCUGGGUAUACCAGUGUCCAAUACAUGAGAGAUCACCGCUAGAUAUACCGGUAUCCGAUACAUGAGAGAUCACAGCUAGAUAUACCUGUGUUAGAUACAUGAGAGAUCACAGCUGAAUAUACCGGUGUCAGAUACAUGAGAGAUCACAGCUGGAUAUACUGGUAUCCAAAACAUGAGAGAUCACCGCUAGAUAUACCGAUGUCCGAUACGUGAGAGAUCACAACUAGAUAUACCGGUAUCCAAUACAUGAGAGGUCACAGUUAGAUAUACCUGUAUCUGAUUCAUGAGAGAUCACCGCUAGAUAUACCGAUACGUGAGAGAUCACAACUAGAUAUACCGCUGUCCAAUACAUGAGCGAUCACAGCUGGAUAUACUGGUAUCCAAUACAUGAGAGAUCACCGCUAGAUAUACCAGUAUCAGAUACAUGAGAUCAUAGCUGGAUAUACCGCUGUCCGAUAUGUGAGAGAUCACAGCUAGAUAUACCGCUGUCCGAUAUGUGAGAGAUCACAGCUAGAUAUACCGUUGUCCGAUACAUGAGAGAUCACAGCUGGAUAUGCCAGUGUCCGAUACAUGAGAGAUCACAGCUGGAUAUGCCGGUGUCCGAUAGAUGAGAGAUCACAGCUGGAUAUGCCGGUGUCCGAUAGAUGAGAGAUCACAGCUGGAUAUGCCGGUGUCCGAUACAUGAGAGAUCACAGCUGGAUAGGCCGGUGUCCGAUACAUGAGAGAUUCGAGCUGGAUAUACCGGUAUCAGAUACAUGAGAGAUCACAGCUGGAUAUGCCGGUAUCAGAUACAUGAGAGAUCACAGCUGGAUAUACCGGUAUCAGAUACGUGAGAGAUCACACCUAGAUAUACCGGUAUCAGAUACAUGAGAGAUCACACCUAGAUAUACCAGCAUAAGAUCUAGGAAAAGAUAGAUAUACUAUAUCAGAUAAGGAAGAGGGCACAGCUGGAUAUACCAACAUGAGAUAUAUGAGAGUGCAGAGCUAGGCAUUGCAGUAAGACCUACAGUGUAACUGAAAUUAAUCCGGAGACACUGUGCCAGGCUGUGUAUUAGUGAUUCCACUGGAGACACUGUGCCAGGCUUCGUAUUAGUGAUUCAUCUCUGGAGUCCAUGUGCCAGGCUGUAUGUUAGUGAUUGCUCAGGAGACACUGUGCCAGGCUGUGUAUUAGUGAUUGAUCUCUGGAGUCAAUGUGCCAGGCUGUGUAUUAGUGAUUGAUCUCUGGAGUCAAUGUGCCAGGCUGUGUAUUAGUGAUUGAUCUCUGGAGUCAAUGUGCCAGGCUGUGUGUUAGUGAUUGCUCAGGAGACACUGUGCCAGGCUGUGUGUUAGUGAUUGCUCAGGAGACACUGUGCCAGGCUGUGUAUUAGUGUUUGAUCUCUGGAGUCAAUGUGCCAGGCUGUGUGUUAGUGAUUGCUCUGGAAACACUGUGCCAGGCUGUGUGUUAGUGAUUGCUCUGGAGACACUGUGCCAGGCUGUGUGUUAGUGUUUGAUCUCUGGAGUCAAUGUGCCAGGCUGUGUGUUAGUGAUUGCUCUCUGGAGACACUGUGCCAGGCUGUGUGUUAGUGAUUGCUCUCUGGAGACACUGUGCCAGGCUGUGUGUUAGUGAUUGCUCUGGAGACACUGUGCCAGGCUGUGUGUUAGUGAUUGCUCUGGAGUCAAUGUGCCAGGCUGUGUGUUAGUGAUUGAUCUCUGGAGUCAAUGUGCCAGGCUGUGUGUUAGUGAUUGCUCUGGAGACACUGUGCCAGACUGUGUGUUAGUGAUUGCUCUGGAGACACUGUGCCAGGCUGUGUGUUAGUGAUUGCUCUGGAGACACUGUGCUAGGCUGUGUGUUAGUGAUUGCUCUGGAGACACUGUGCUAGGCUGUGUGUUAGUGAUUCCUCUGGAGACACUGUGCCAGGCUGUGUGUUAGUGAUUGCUCUGGAGACACUGUGCUAGGCUGUGUGUUAGUGAUUCCUCUGGAGACACUGUGCCAGGCUGUGUGUUAGUGAUUGCUCUGGAGACACUGUGCCAGACUGUGUGUUAGUGAUUGCUCUGGAGACACUGUGCCAGGCUGUGUGUUAGUGAUUGCUCUGGAGACACUGUGCCAGGCUGUGUGUUAGUGAUUGCUCUGGAGACACUGUGCUAGGCUGUGUGUUAGUGAUUCCUCUGGAGACACUGUGCCUGGCUGUGUGUUAGUGAUUGCUCUGGAGACACUGUGCCAGGCUGUGUAUUGGUGAUUGCUCUGGAGACACUGUGCCAGGCUGUAUAUUAGUGAUUCCUCUGGAAACACUGUGCCAGACUGUGUGUUAGUGAUUGCUCUGGAGACACUGUGCUAGGCUGUGUGUUAGUGAUUCCUCUGGAGACACUGUGCCAGGCUGUGUGUUAGUGAUUGCUCUGGAGACACUGUGCCAGGCUGUGUAUUGGUGAUUGCUCUGGAGACACUGUGCCAGGCUGUGUAUUAGUGAUUCCUCUGGAAACACUGUGCCAGACUGUGUGUUAGUGAUUGCUCUGGAGACACUGUGCCAGGCUGUAUAUUAGAAGUGAUUCCUCCGAGCAUUACUGUGCCAGGCUGUGUGUGUUGGGUGAUUGCCUGGGAGACACUGUGCCAGGCUGUGCAUUGGUGAUUGCCUGGGAGUCAAUGUGCCAGGCUGUGUAUUAGUGAUUCCUCUGAGACAAAUGUGCCAGGCCGUGUGUUAGUGAUUGCUCCUCUUGAGACACUGUGCCAGGCUGUGUGUUAGUGGAUUGCUCUGCACCGUGCCAGGCUGUGUGUUAGUGGAUUGCUCGGGAGUCAAUGUGCCAGGCUGUGUGUUAGUGAUUGUUCUCUGGAGUCAAUGUGCCAGGCUGUGUGUUAGUGAUUGCUCUGGAGACACUGUGCCAGACUGUGUGUUAGUGAUUGCUCUGGAGACACUGUGCCAGGCUGUGUGUUAGUGAUUGCUCUGGAGACACUGUGCCAGGCUGUGUGUUAGUGAUUGCUCUGGAGACACUGUGCCAGGCUGUGUGUUAGUGAUUGCUCUGGAGACACUGUGCUAGGCUGUGUGUUAGUGAUUCCUCUGGAGACACUGUGCCAGGCUGUGUGUUAGUGAUUGCUCUGGAGACACUGUGCCAGGCUGUGUAUUGGUGAUUGCUCUGGAGACACUGUGCCAGGCUGUAUAUUAGUGAUUCCUCUGGAAACACUGUGCCAGACUGUGUGUUAGUGAUUGCUCUGGAGACACUGUGCUAGGCUGUGUGUUAGUGAUUCCUCUGGAGACACUGUGCCAGGCUGUGUGUUAGUGAUUGCUCUGGAGACACUGUGCCAGGCUGUGUAUUGGUGAUUGCUCUGGAGACACUGUGCCAGGCUGUAUAUUAGUGAUUCCUCUGGAAACACUGUGCCAGACUGUGUGUUAGUGAUUGCUCUGGAGACACUGUGCCAGGCUGUAUAUUAGUGAUUCCUCUGGAGACACUGUGCCAGGCUGUGUGUUAGUGAUUGCUCUGGAGACACUGUGCCAGGCUGUGUAUUGGUGAUUGCUCUGGAGUCAAUGUGCCAGGCUGUGUAUUAGUGAUUCCUCUGGAGACAAUGUGCCAGGCUGUGUAUUAGUGAUUGCUCUGCACUACUUAAUUGAAUUUUAUUUCUCUCAUACAGACAUUUUUGGAGCAAACUAAAAUCAGAUUCAGUCGGAAUUACAAGGGGAUGAACCUUUCUAAGAUCACAACCACCGUGGGACUAAACAGUAAGUGUAUCUGGGGUGACUAUUGUAAAGGGCAGUAGGAAUAAGGAAAAUAUAUUCAUAAUUACCGAUCCAUGGCAGCAUCACUAAUAGAUACCUCUUUCCCUCUCGGCUAACAGAACAGGAAUUAAAAAUAGACCUCCCCACUCCUAACCCUCAGUCUAGUUACAAGUCUGUGAGGUAGAGAAAAGUGGGGGCAACUGAUGCUGCCAUGGAUCUACCUGGGAAAAAGAAAAUUACGGUAAGUAAUCCAUGGCAGCAUCACUAAUGGGUAAUACACAAAAACACAUUUACAAAUGCAGAAAUAAAUUUACAAACAGAAUUGAGAACCUCACAACCAAACUGAGAGUCCUUAGCAGCCCUGACAUCAAGACAAAUAUACUACCGGAACCCAAAGUCGCUGCCUUGCAAAUACUCUUGAUGGGAAUCUUUGCUGCAGCUGCCCACAAAGAAGAGCGAGACCUAGUCGAAUGAGCCUUAAAUCCAUCUGGGAUUUGAACAUUUUGAGUGUCAUAAGCUUCAAUAAUUGCAGCCACUAUCCACCUGGAAUAAGAGAAAGUUUAUUCGACUUCCUUCACAAUCCCAUGGUCUAAUUCUUUCUAAGGAAAUGGAAAAACAUCUCCCCACAUUCAAAGUGUGCCAAUGUGCUUCAUCUUCUGUGAUGGUUUAACCCCAAAAGUUGCCUCCAGCACCAAUCUCCAGGUCCUCCAGAAUCCCAGAAUUUAGGCAAUUAAAGUCAGCAGAACCUUGGAGAAAGUGUGAGGUGCCAUGCUUAGGCCAAAGGGUAGACUGCAUAACUGGAAAUGUUCCUGUAGGAUGGUGAAUCUGAGAAACCUCUGAUGUUUUUCCGCAAUGGGUAAGUGGAAGUAAGCAUCUUGUAGGUCUGUCUGGACAAACUAAUCCCCUUGAUGAAUUGCUUCUGCAAUAGAUUGUACAGUUUUAUAUAUUGUCAGUCAACACUUUGCCCAUCUCUACGUGGACAAUUUUCCAAAAGUGUUGGAGUGUCCUGCACUCCCACCACACGUGCACCAUAGUGCCCUUUUCCUCUCCGCAUCUCCAGCAGCUAUCUGGGUCAGGAGAUAUUUUGUGUAAGCAGUCAGGUACCAUCAGGUCAGUAUUUUAAAGCUAAUUUCCCUGAAACGGGUGCUAGGGGAGCCCAGGUGGGUUAUGGUGUUUAUCUUUGUCUACUGUAAAAGAUCUCCCUAAGUCUUCUUACCAUUUUGCCAUGUAUGGUAAGGGCGCUAUCUGUGGUCUAGAUAGUAAUAGUCGGUAUAGUUGACAGAUGCCCCUAUAUAGGGACUUCCUUGAACUGGAUGAUUGUUCUAGUGAGGUUUUGUUUAGGUGUGAUUGAAUGAUUAAAGUGUGAGAACUGUAUAAAUCAAACAUUUUCAAGGGGGGAGAGUUGUUUGUCUGGUAAUAAAUCUGAGCUGCAUGUUAGCACGGAUAGUGUAUGCGACCCAAACGGGUGCAUCAAAGUACACGCACAUGCGCAAACAACACUUCCAAACGCCGGGAGUAUAUUUAUCUGAAUGAGUAACUCAAUUUAGAUUUAAAGAAAAACACCUAUAGCACCAGGCCAGCAGCUAUAAGGACUGGAAAAAGACAGAAGGAUUGGUAGGGUAGGUCUCUUUUAUAAUCUUUAUUUCCAUUUCCUGUCCUGGUAGUAAAGUAGGGAAGGAGCUACCCGUUAAUGAUGCUGCCAUAGAUUGUCCAAGAAAGACUUUUUCCACAGUUCUGUUAAUGUUACCAGAUCCUCGCUCUCCUUUCUUGAAAUGUCCUGGCCUGUGGUAUGUAGCAUUUAUAUGCAGCACUAAAUAAAUCUGUUUAAAGGAAUGGACUCUGUUAUAGAUCAUCUACAACAAGAGCUAAAUUGCCCCUGGCCCCCUCUACCCAUUGCCUUGCUUACACAACUUCGGGUGCUCUAAGACCGGACCGUAAAACUGUUCCUGGAGGCCGGGACAGCCGCAAAACCCUCAGCGGGACCAGGCGCCAAUGUCGUGUAACUCUGAGUCGGCCUGUUCCCUAGCGGCUGCCCAGUGAAAUGUACAGCCGGACUAACUCCGUAAAAUUAAGAGCUACAGGAGAGAUUUUUGGAGAGGAGGUAGAGGGGAGAGAGGUGCCCAAACAAUACCUAAGACCCAGGGGGAGCCCCCCUUCUCCAUCCCACAAUCACCAAAUUUUAGUAACCGGCGCAUAGAGCGCUCAACGUUGUUAAGGCAAGGAGGGGGGUAGAGGGGACCAGGGGUGAUUUAAUUCUUGUCGUAGAUGGUGUAUAAAGGAGUCCUGCACUUGUUGGCCUUGUGAAUUUACAGGCCCCCACCACAAAAUACUCCAAACACCAUAAGCAAAACAGCCCACUGAAGUGGUUAUGGUAUCAGGAGUGUCUUGGGGCACUUUCAAAGUAAGUAGUCAAGCAGUUUGUCAACUAAUCUGAAUCCAGCUGGCAGGCUCCAGAUGUGUGAAGAGUGUCUUACGGUUUCAUUUUACAAAACAGGCAGAUUUCAAUAGAAAUUGGCACUUUUAUAAAUGAACCAUUUUACUGUCAAUGACCUCUGUUAGUUUAUCUCAGUGGAGCAGCAAUUGCCCAGAGCCACCUUCCUUGUAAAGACUUCUCAUUUCCCGUCUCUUUCAGUUGGCACCAUCGAUGUAGGGAAGGUCCGGCUGAUGUUCUGGGAUCUUGGCGGACAGGAUGAGCUGCAAUCUCUGUGGGACAAGGUGAGGAGUUUGGGGUAAAUGUUUCUAACGGAAUAACUUAAUACACUUUACAUACAAGUUAAUCUUUUACAGUGCGGGUUGCAUUGUGAGUGAAUAGCAAAUUAUUUUUUUGUGAGGUUAUGCUGACGUUUUUAUCCAUUUUUAUUGUUUUCUAUUACAAAACACACCUUGGAGCACUUAACGUAAUGUACCUUACUAAUGUGCCCGAGGUGGCUUGCAUCAUUGUAUUGUACCUGUUGAUUAAGUUAUUCCAAAAACAAAAAAAUCACUCUGCAUGUUGCUGUGCACAAUCCGAUAACUAUGCCUUGACUACUGUAUGUGAACAUCAUGGGCGACAGCCCACAUAAUGUAUUUUUAACAUGCUGAGAGACCAAUAAAUAAAGAAUAAAAAAAAAAGAAUAUUGCUAUUUAUUGUGAUUUGUGUAGUGCAUUCAUGAAUUGGCUACCUGGUAGAGGUGGUAUGACCGAUUUCGGCAUUAGAAGGAUUAAAGGACCACUCUAGGCACCCAGACCACUUCAGCUUAAUGAAGUGGUCUGGGUGCCAGGUCCUUCUAGGGUUAACCCAUUUUUUUAUAAACAUAGCAGUUUCAGAGAAACUGCUAUGUUUAUGAAUGGGUUAAGCUUUCCCCCUAAUCCUCUAGUGGCUGUCUCAUUGACAGCCACUAGAGGCGCUUGCGUGCUUCUCACUGUGAUUUUCACAGUGAGAGCACGCAAGCGUCCAUAGGAAAGCAUUGUAAAUGCUUUCCUAUGCGGCGGGCUGAAGGCGCGCGCAGCUCUUGCCGCGCGUGCGCAUUCAGCCGGCGGGGAGGAUCGGAGGCUGAGAGGAGGAGGAGAGCUCUCCGCCCAGCGCUGGAAAAAGGUAAGUUAUUACCCCUUUCCCCCUUCCAGAGCCGGGCGGGAGGGGGUCCCUGAGGGUGGGGGCACCCUCAGGGCACUAUAGUGCCAGGAAAACGAGUAUGUUUUCCUGGCACUAUAGUGGUCCUUUAAUUUGAUUGUGUAGCAAUGUGAUAUAUGUCAGAAGGUUUACAUCAUGAAUCCCUCUUUGUAAGCUGUGACUCCAACCAGAGCUCCUGCAAGGUGUGAAGUGGUACAUGAGUUGUCUCCAAGUCUGCAUUCAUUCUAAACUAAGUGGCUAGUCUGCCAUGUGCCUGUAUGCCAUCAUAGAUAGUUGAUUAUUUUGAUAUGCUAAAUAACCAUUAGCCGUCAGGGGGCCAUUGUCUGCAAUAGUCCUAUCCCAAAAAAACACUAAUAACCCACAGAUGAAUAAUCAUACCUCCUUUUGUGCAGAUUCAGAACGGCAAAGGCGCACUCUACAAAAAGAGUGCAAAUAUAGCUAGCCAUUCGGAAGGAACUUUGAAGUCUCUGGUAUUGAGUCAUAAGUAGGAAUUGUGACAUCUCUAUAAAAUUGAUCAAAUGCAAAAUGAUUUUUGCGACAAACGCAAAAAAGAAACUAAAAUAAAAACUUCUAUUUGUAUUGGUGUUAGUCUGAGACACAAGGGGGAGUUCGCUUAUUGUUCCUGUAGGUAAGCCUCCCGCUGGGCCAGCUUGGAGCUAUAAAUCUAACGAUGGGCAAAUGUCUAGUGUGCUUCGUAGUGGUUAUUAUCUUAUUGUGAGUAAGGUUUUUUUUUUCAUUUCUCUUCUUUGUUUGUAACUGUUGUUGUAAAUAAUUUAUUUGUCAUCUGUUUUUUGUGUGCACUGCGACUAUUGUUUUGUUCAUGAUAAAUUUUCCUUUGUUAAGUUCUGCCUUUGUCUGGUAAAGACUCACAUUACCUGAUUAGACCAACUUAUUUGUAAUUGUAAAUUACAUAGACAUUGUGGAUUGUUAGUUUAAUUUACUUGGGGGACCAAGGCACCCCAUUUAUAAAUUGGUGGCAGCGUUCUGAUAUUAUUUAUAUUACUAGGAAAGCUACAAUUUCUGGGGAAAUUGUGUGUGUGAAGUGUUCUUGCCUCCACCGGUAGUCUAUAACUCCAGGAAAGAGUAACUGGGUGGAGUGGCUUGAGUAACUGCUGUGUGGUUGGAGUGGCUGGAGUAACUGUGGAAAGGUUGGACUGGGCAGAGUAACUGUGUGGAGUGUUUGGAGUGAGUAAAGAUAGUAAACAUUACACUGACCAAUUGAUUUAUCAAAUUUAAAAAGUGCACAUGGCAAGCUUGAUAGAGUGAGAAAUGCAUUUCAACUUUUUUUUUAUUUAUAUAGCACAUUUAAUUGCAACGUUGUUGCCCAAAGUGCUUCACAGUUACAUUAAAAUAUACAUUUAUAAACAAAUUAGCAGGUGUACAAAAGGCCCUGUCUAUGACAUCACUUGCUGCUCCAGCCUGGCACAGGUCAGAGUAUUUUGGUGGUUGCCAUCUUCAAACGGUCGUAUUUUAAAAACUAUAAAUCCUACAGCGAAGAGCUUUAUAUUGUGAGAAUCACAAGACCCAGACCUACAUUUUGAUGCAUAGUAUGUCUCUGAAAUAUUAACAAUGAAGGCACAGUCGCAGUUUAGAAAUUGCCCUUCAGAUUUGAGCUGGCUAGAGUGGAGUUUCAAUGAAUGUCAAAGGACGGCGUGAGUUGCAAACAAAUGAUUAUAUUGUGAAAACUAUCAGGACUACGGCUUAGCUGUUGACAUGUUUAGUGGCAGCAGGGAUAGCUGAACGUUUUGAUAUAAAAUUUGUGUAGGUGGGCCUGAAAAUAAGGGAGUGGUGGCAGUUUAGAAAUCAUGUCCUGAUUUUUCAGCUUUUGCCAGCUCUCACUCUAGUUUUAAACAUUUUGCCAUUCAUUCCUAUGGGACCAAUUUCACCACAAGAGCGACGAUAUUCCGCGAACCAUUCGGCAAAACGUUCCACAAAGUAAUAGCAAUCCAAUCGGGAACAAUCCGCACUUUUCGGUAUAUUUCUGUCUAUGUAGUGUAAAAACUGUGGGAGGAGUUAGGGUGGCAAAUUUGGCUAUAAUAAGAAUAAUAAUAUAUAUGUGAGAUAACAAUAAGUGUUCUUGCAAGAACACUUAAUAAUAUAUAUGUGAGAUAACAUUAAGUGGUCUUGCAAGAACACUUAAUAAUAUAUAUGUGAGAUAACAUUAAGUGGUCUUGCUAUGCAAGAACACUUAAUUAUAAUUAAAUGUGGGUGGUGUUAAGGGGGAUUGGUAUCAUGAUUUCUAGUCCAGUGCAGACAAACAUUGAAUUUUAACCCUUUCACCCCCAGAACCAAGUCACACGCACGCUUGGAGUAGGGUGUGUUUGUGACAUUAUGGACUACAUCUCUGAUAAUGCUCUUACAGCUAUGAUGCUGGAAAAGUAUCAAGGGAGUUGUAGUCCACAACAUCUGGAGUGCCGAAGGUUACCUACCCCGGCCCUACAGCAAUAAGGCUUGGAAGGCUGCGGAUUCAGCAGACACAAUCCAUUAAGUAAGUAGCUUACUGGCAUUUUAAAUUGGCCCUCCCUGUUUGAAUUGACACAUUCUUUUAAUGAAAUAUGAUGCUAGAUAGUGUAUUUAAAAAUAUGUAAAAUCAUUUAUAUCAAAAUAAUAAGAGGUUUUAACAAAGCAUUACUCUUAUAAACUAUAAGAAACUUAACUAUAGUUUCUUAUAGUUUAUUACUCUUAUAGUUUUGAUAUUUUGUUCAUAUCCCCAUACAUAACUUCAUCAUCAUAGUUUGCCUACUCUAGAAAGUAGCUUGUCCAUUCUAGAGUCCCUCGUUUUGGUCUCUGGAAUCUAAACUUUUGGAUAAGUCUAACACAGCACUACAACGGUUAUAUUACGGUGCUCAGCUGCUUAGCAGAUCCCAUAGUUCUGUUUGGAACAGCAGUUUCUGUGACUUGUAGUUCAUGUUUUAGCGUUCUCAUUAUGAAAGCUGUUUGUUGAACUAUAACUCCCAGAAAGCUUUGCUGUACUUACUGAUAACGUAAACAACGGUUAUUGGACACCGCAGGUUAGGAAGGAGGGACAGAAAGAGGUGUGACGCAGGAACAAUGAUCUGCAAUAAAUUAUACAAAUGUAUAUAUUUCUUUUUUUUCAAAACCUGUAUAGAAAUUGUCCAUGCAAAAUGAAAUAGAGCCAAAUAUAAAGGUAAAGAGAUCCAAAAAUGCAUUAUGCUUUGUUGGUGCAUGGUGUCCCUUUUUAAGAUAUACUUAUUGCUACUUCUGACUCCUUUUUCCUUCAGUAUUAUGCAGAGUCCCACGGAGUCAUUUACAUGAUCGAUUCCACGGAUGAGACUCGUCUGUCGGAGUCAAAGAGAGCUUUUGGUGAGUUCAAAAUGAUGAUCCUAGUUGCUAGUGGACUAAAUGGGGGAGGGUCUUGUGUCUUAAUGCUGUUCUGUCGUUUGCAGAGAGGAUGAUUUGCAGUGAAGCUCUGGAGGGGGUUCCUAUCCUUGUAUUGGCAAACAAACAAGAUGUAGAGGUAAAUUACAGAGGAAAAAGUCAAUGUGCAGCUCUCAUCUGCCAUGUCUUUAGUAGUGAGGAUCACCCUUACCAAAUCCCACCAGUUAUUCCCCGUUCGUAACCCUCUAUAAACUGCCCACUAUUCGUUUUUAAUUCGUGCACAUUUAUGCUAGAUAUAACUAGCAGGUCCGUAUCUUACUGCACAGUAAUAAAACAUAGUGUGCCUGGGCCUUCUAAAAGUAGAAUCAUAUAAAAAAAAUCGGUAAAUACGGAGCGUGAUAAGGUUUUUGGAGCAGAGUAUUUGGGUCUGGUAUUUAAAUUGAAUCCCAGUCACACUGCAAAUAAUUCUGCAGCCUAAUUUGUAGAUAUAGACCCAUACGUUUCAAAAUAUUCCUAGAUCGCUUGUAUUGACAAUGACAGCGACACUUGGUGAGGAUAUGAGAUGUAUCAUAAUUGGAAAUAUUAGUUGGAAUCAGGCACUUUAACCAGCAGGGGGAGCCCUGAGUCCAUGUGUUCCAUUUAAAGGACAGUUGUCAUCAAAUUUCACUUCUCGUUUUAUUAAAAUGUUUUGCAUUUAAUGAAACUUGGUGAUAUUUUGUAAAUUAUGUAUAUUGAUUUUUAUUUUUUAAUUUAUAAAAAUUCACUUUUUAACUGGCUGAGCAGCCAAGUUGGGUUAGACUCUAUUGUUCUCUGACCAACUGCUACUCAAUCUAACUUGCCUGCUGCUGCGAUUUUGAGCAAGUUAGGUUGGGCAGCAGUUGGUCAGAUAUUAUUAUUGUCAGUUUUUCUAUAGCGCCAACUUAUUCUGCAGCGCUUUACGAUAUAGCCAGUAGAGUCAGAGCCAACAUGGCCGCUCAGAUAAAUGAAAAAAAAAAUUUUUUUUUAAUUUUCUCAAAACAAAUAAUCAGUAUACAUCAUUUUAAAAAAAUGUCAUGAUUUUUCAUAAAAUUUUAUAAACAUUUAAAAAAAUUAAAAAGAAACUUUUGAUGACAGCUGUCCUUUAAGAAUUCCCCUCACCUUUCCAAUAAAAUGAUGAGCUGUGUUUUUUAGUUAUUUACUAUAACCAGCAAAAUGAAACUGUCAGCAAUAUAUUAUUACAGCUUGAGUCAUGACGUGGCCCAUGAUUCACUUUACUUCUUUCUUUUUAAAUUAAGAGCAACUCCCUAUGUCAACAGGUAAAUGGCGCCAAUUAUGUUUCUAUAGAUAUCAUUCAUUUAACAGCAAAUCACUGGGAAUUGAAACACAAAAGGCCAAUUCUAGGCUAAAAUGUCAAGCCGUGACUAUAAUGGGUUUGGACAAUGUUUCUGGAUUGGCUAUUUUUGCAUAAAUUUUGCAGUUUUGCCAGAUUUCUGUUCACUACAGUUUUAAUGUUAGCCAAUAAACCUAUAAAGUGUGAAUUGUUGGGAAUUAAAAUCUUUAGGUUAAAUCGACCAAACUGAAAAUCUAGCUGACUUGGAGACUUUUCCCACUUGGCUUCUUUGAAAUUCCCUUCAGAUUCACUAAAUUCCUCACAGUUCACACUUUUGUGAAUAAUCUUAAAGGGACACUAUAGUCACCAGAGUAACUAGAGUUUAUUGAAUUUGUUCUGGUGAGUAGAAUAAUUCCAUUCAGGCUUUUUGCAGUAAGCACAGCCUUUUCAGAGAAAAUGCAGUAUUUACAUUACAGCCUAGUGAUAACUUCACUGGCCACUCAGAUGGCUGGUACAGAAUUAAAGGGACAAUAUAGUCACCAGAACAACUACAGCUUAUUGUAUUUGUUCUGGUGAGUAGAAUCAUUCCCUUCAAGCUUUUUGCAGUAAACACGGCCUUUUCAGAGAAAAUGCAGUGUUUACAUUACAGCCUAGUGAUAACUUCACUGGCCACUCCUCAGAUGGCUGCUAGAGGUGCUUCCUGGGACAGUGCUGCAUACUGUGACUGACAUUCAGUGUCUCCACCCUCUGCAUGCAAACACUGAACUUUCCUCAUAGAGAUGAAUUGAUUCAAUAUAUCGCUAUGAGGAGAUGCUGAUUGGCCAGGGCUGUGUUUGACUUGUGCUGGCUCUGCCCCUGAUCUGCCUUCUUGGCAGUCUCAGCCAAUCCUAUGGGGAAGCAUUGUGAUUGGCUCAGACCACCACUUCUGACAGCAGGCAGUUCUAGGGUAGAGGAAGCAACUGCAGACUUGAAUACAAGUAGGAUUUUACUAUAUUUAAGGAGGCAGGGGGAAGUGGUGAGGCAGGGGGCUAGAUGGUGUUUUUAACACUAUAGGGUCAGGAAUACAUGUUUGUGUUUCUGACCAUAUAGUGUUCCUUUAAGAGAUUACUCCAAGCAUUAUAACUACUAAAGACCACUUUAGUGGUAUGAUACCAGGAGAACCCUGGCCUACUUCCCAGUAAUGGGGCAUUAGUUUGGAUUUGCUGGAUCCUCUUUUACUGGGUGUGAUGUGCUGAUUCUGCCGGCCAUUCAUUGACUGAGCGCUUCAUCUGACCACUCUCAGCCAAUGAAUACAGCUUUGGGCAUAAAGUGCGGAAAAUUGAUAUUGGGCACAAUGGAAAUUUUUUCCGUGUUGGCUAAAGACGCAGUGAUAUUGCCGGAGCUGGAGUUCAUCAAAUAGACUCCAGGCACCAUGACCACUUCAAAUCACUUUGGAGGUGUGGGGUUCCUUGAAAUAGUGAGAGCAAAACCCUGAAGCUUGUGGAUCAGGGAACUUUGUAGAUUUUAACUGUCGCUUGUUCUAGGGCUGCCUCUCAAUUCCGGACAUCAAGACGGCUUUCAGUGACUGCAUCAACAAGAUCGGAAAGAGAGACUGCCUGACUCAGGCCUGCUCGGCGCUGUCUGGGUGAGGCCAUGAUUUCUACUUAUUAUAGUCCUUUUCAAGCUGAGGGUAUACAAAGACGGUCUUAUUCACAGAGGUGUGAAUUAUUUAAUGCAUAAAAAAUGAAGGGAUUUAUGGGAAACAUAGUCCAGCAGUCACACAUAGUUUCAUUCAUGAAAAGACUUACAUACACCUACAUGCUGGAAAAUCUGAAUUCAUGUUGUUUUUUUUUGUUUAAUUUAACUGCAGUAUUGCCUAGAAAGCUGACAUAAACCAUACUAGUUAUUUAGAAUUCAUAGGGGUUUAGAGCUUUCCCUGUGGUUUCACGAGUGCAUGGCUUAAAGAUGACCCAGUCAUAUUUUUUUAAGACAUGUUUUGUUUAGUAAAACUACGCUUUAAAUCACCCCAUAAUCACUGGGUUCCCUCCCAACGUCCUCUGCAUUUUCCUCUUCUAAUUGUUCGUUAUAUAUCUGACUCCCGUUUACCAUUGUUGCAGGAGAGGCGUCAAUGAAGGGGUGGAGUGGAUGGUGAAAUGCGUGGUGAGGAAUAUUCAUCGCCCUCCAAGGCAGAAAGACAUAACAUAGGAUGUAUUGGAUCUCAGCAACUGGAAGCAAGUGAUUCUAGAGCUCUGGCAAAGAAAAGGGUCUCUGUAUGUGGAACAGACUUGGAAUCUUCAUAUCUGGACGCAAACACCUUGAAUGUGCUGGUUUUAACUUUUGUAUCAAAAUUGAGUAUAGAAAUGUAUUUAUGUGAUUUAUUGGCUGGAUGAUGUCUGUUCCAUAUUCCAUAGCGCCUCCCCAACUGUUCCUUAUGAGCUCCACGUUUUUAGCACUGUCGUCUCUUACCCGCACAAGCUCCGGUGCUCCUGAGAGAUCGAGAGGACGGCCUCAGUGGUUCCUCUAUGGUGGUUUGUGUGUAAUACUGAGCAGCUAGUUGUGAGUUAACCUAGCAUAUACUACUUCUGUCCAUGUUUGAUCUUAAAUUGUGAUUUGUCUACUGUCUAAAUUACUGUGUCUGGAAGGAGGGGGACUGUCGAGUUUGAUAAUUUGGCAUUAAGAGAAUUUCUAGGUCACUGGUAUUUGAUUUGAAUUUGGCUUAAUCUUUAACGUGGUUGGCUUGCUCUGUAUUUCAAAACACUCCUAUCAAAAUAUACUCACUUGCUGGGCAGAAGAGACACUACUAAAAACAUUUUCACCCUAAUGGUGUGUGUGUCCCGUAUUUCUUGCAGAGGUAUCUUACACACGUCCAAAAUGUUUAUUGCAAAUAUAGCAAUACGUUGUUCUUAUUACCUGGUACAGAAUUAAAGGGACAAUAUAGUCACCAGAACAACUACAGCUUAUUGUAUUUGUUCUGGUGAGUAGAAUCAUUCCCUUCAGGCUUUUUGCUGUAAACACUGUCUUCUCAGAGAAAAUGCAGUGUUUACAUUACAGCCUAGUGAUACCUCCACCGGCCACUCCUCAGAUGACUGCUAGAGGUGCUUCCUGGGACUGUUCUGCACACUGUGCAGCACUGUCAUUCAGGGUCUCCUCCCUCUGCAUACAGACACUGAACUUUCCUCACAGUGAUGCAUUGAUUCAGUGCAUCUCUAUGAGGAGAUGCUGAUUGGCCAGGGCUGUGUUUGGCUUGUGCUGGCUCUGCCCCUGUUCUGCCUCUUUGUCAGUCUCCACUAAUCCUAUGGGAAAACAUUGUGAUUGGCUCCGAUAAUCACUUCUAAUGAUGUCAGCCAAGCAGCCAGAGCCAGGGAUUCAGCAACUAAGAACUUGAUUUAAUGCUUUUGGAUAAGCUUUUGAAAUGAUCAUAAUCUGUUAGAAAAACACGUUUCCACUGAUUUAUCUACAGAAGUCACCAAUAAAGUCUUCAGGGAUUUGUGUAGAUAAAUCAUUUGAAAGUUUUUUCCCAACAGAUUUAAAAAGUUUGAUCAUUUGAAAAGUUUAUCCAAAGUAAUUAAAUUGAGACCUUAAUUAGAAAUUGUGGAGCAUUUGCAAAGGACUUGCAAAUCGCUAAAUCGUGAAAUUGAAAAACGUAUGCAAGCUUGCUCUUUUCUUUUUACAGCUUAAAAAUGCUGGAUUAAAAUUUGCAUUCCUCCAGUAUUCCUGUUUCAGUGAAUUAACACGUUUUAAAAACCCAGAGCAUAGAUCCUGCUGUGUCAUAUCAUCUUCUGUAUAUUUUACCCCCAUCCCAUGACAUCAUUCAUGAAAUAAAACUUUGUGCAGAUGAGGUGAAUUGAAGAAUAUUUUAAAUAUUUCUAAUUCUUUGCUGACUGUUGUCUACAAGCCCCUGCAAAUCCCUUUGUAUAGCUAGAGCAGGGUCCAAUGAUAUACACAGCACUAUAACGUUCUCAAUUUAUAGUGUUAACUCCUUCUAUGGAUCCUGCCUCCUCCCCACCCAGCUCACUGGAGACAUUCCGUUCUGAGUGAAUCGCACAGAGGGUUACCCACUAAAACCACAAUGUAGUAAUUCGAAAUCUGAAUGGAGAAAAGACUAAAAUAGUCAAACCGUUACAAAAGCCUAGUUGGAUCAUUUUUCCAAAUCAGCUGUUUUUGCCUAGAUAUUGAAAUUCGUAUACCCAACAAGCUACAAUUCUGUGUUUAGUCAAUAAACCUCAUAAAAUGUGAA